AUGACAACCCUCGUCACCAUCCCAAACGUCACAGCUUACCACCUCCCCACCCCUACCUCCGACCCUUUACCACUCUCGACCGGUGAACUCAACCUCACCGUCAUCCCUGCCAAUCCGCCUUCCCAUCCUUCAUCAACUCUCACCUUGACCGUAGGAGGAUCAUCGUUCCCUUUACUUCCCAAUAGCCCGGUACAAAAGGUUCAAGCGAAAGAUCAACAUCCAAGCUAUAUCUUUGCGCCUGUCCCCGCGGAUGGUGGAGAACCGGUCGGUCAGGUCAAACUUCGUUUCAAGGAUAGCUCAAACCAAGGAGAAUGGGAGGCUACUGAAGCCCUCGCUCACAAACUCGAAGAAGCCCUGAAGUCAAACAAAGUAUGGAACGAAACCACCUUGUUCGUCGACGAUGAGUACGAAACUGGAGGAGUAGCGAAACAUACCCAAAAAUGGGGCGAGACCAUUGCUGGGGCAGUCACCUCUGCUGGACAGGCUUUGGCCGAGAGGUUAGGAGCUUAUACCGAUCGACACGUCGCCCGAACCAACCCUGAACACCCCGCUCCACCAUCCGAUCUCACGAAGGAACGAGCCAGCGCACUUGAACUUGGAUCUUCGAGACUCGCCGAUUCCGUCGAAGUAGGAGCCAACAACAUUGGAUCGUACGUCCACGAAACUGCUAAAUCCGUUGGUGAGAAAUUACCCGACAGUAUAGCAAAAUCUUCUGAACCGGUCAAAGAGGAAGAUAAAGGGCAAUUUAGGAAAUUGGCAGAGGAAGGUUGGGAACAAGUUACAAUCGCUGCUAAGGGCAUUGCGGGUGCUGCAAUCACCGUUGGAUCAGCCGCUAGCCAAUCGGCCCAUAGAGCUGUGGAGCAUAAUUUCGGUAAAGAAGCUGAAGGUGUCGCUCAAGACGUAGGCCAGACAGGUUCCAACCUCGGUACAGCAGCUGUAUCAGCAGCCAAAGGUACCAGUGUCAUCAUGCAAGGUACCAAUGCCGCCUCAGGUGCUCAAGCUGCUAAACAAGGAGAGUAA